CAUUCCUCCACCACCCCCCACGCCACACCCCCACUUGUUAAAAGGCUCCGCCGCUCCGCCCCCGCCCCUCUCCUCGCUCCCGCUAUUUAUCCGACGGCACCCUCCGCGCUUAAACCCCUCGCGCUCCGCCCACUCCACCACACCGCCCUCCUCCCUCCUCCUGCUCCUCGCCCGCGGCGGCGUACGUCCUGCUGCUGCGCGCGCGCUCUAGCCUCGGUCCCUCCUUCGGUUCCAUGGCGGAGGCUCUGGGGGCGCUGUGCCGCGGCGGAGGCUGGUCCUACGCGGCCAUCUGGCGCUCCGACCGUCGCGACCCACGUUUGCUAACGAUUGGAGAGUGCCACUGCGAAGAUGAAGCCCGAAAAGUUGUUGAGAAUAUGCUUAAUCAAGUCCAUGUUGUUGGAGAAGGCAUCAUAGGGUCAGCUCUAGUAAGUGGGAAGUGCCAAUGGAUUUCCGAUGAUGAUUCCUUUAGUUUGGUUCAGACAUGCAACGCAGAAAACCUAGGCUUAUUUCAGGGCUAUACUUGGUGGCAACAUCAGUUCAUGAGUGGAAUAAAGACUAUUGCAGUAGUACCUAUCCCGGCGCUUGGUGUGGCGCAGUUUGGCUCGGUGCAAAAGGUAUCUGAGAACUUAGAGUUUCUGGAACAUGUUAAAGGCACACUUUGUCGAAGGGAAAGCAUCUUAUGGGAUCCUUCAACCAAACAUAUUCAUGGAGAUGCUCUCCCUCAUAAUACCCAAUUUCAACUCAAUUCUCUGAGCACAAAGCGUCGUAUGCGUAUCAAAGAUGACCCAGAAAACAUGAAACUUCUUGAGAACAUAGUAGGCAUAGAAUCUCUAGGGAGUUUAGUAAGUACUUCGAGCAGUUACUCUCCGAGCUCUUCAAAUGGUUUCACUUCCUACGGAACUUGCAACGGUCGAAAUCCUCCUCAUAUAGUGGCCAUGCCAGUGAACUCCAAGUCAAUAAAUGCAGUCAGGUUAUUUCAUAAUGGCGGCAAUUUGAUGCAGCACAAUAGUGGUUCAGAAAAUCCAUUAUUACAGCUUCGAUCUGCUAAACAGCCUGAUUCUAGUUUAGCAAGUGCAACCACAUCCUAUUCCAGUUUAAACAAUCUUCCUAGAAUAGAGUAUGAGCAGUCAUGCACACCCAACAAUCUAGGAUACCACCUUCAAAGUGAAGAUUCAUCUAGUUACCGUAACUCAUUCUCAGCUUGUUUUUCUGUGGGUGAUGAGCUCAAACCCAUGUUAUUUGACAACAACAAUUCUCCUGUUCAAAGUAACCCAAUGCAUGAGGUCGAUACUACCGGAUUUACUUCACAGGCUAAUUGUGCAGUCUAUGAGUUGCCAAAUGAAAUAUUGGUAGAACCGAUUGUGGGGACGGUAAGCACUCGCGGAAAAGGAAGCAAUGGAAAUACCAGUUUGCUAGAAAGCACGGUAUUCGAUCCCCUCAUACAUGAUUGGUGGGAUAACAGUGUCCUACUAGCAGAAAACAUUCCAGAUUUCGGUGCCACUACCACAUCCUCUGCGACAGAACAGGCAAAUAGUGAUCCACUGUCAGUUGAAGGGAGGGGCUUGUUUUCAGAAUCUGUCCUUGAAGAACUGUUUGGUGCUAGUGGUAAUGUGAAUACAGAUACAGCAUGUGGCUCUGUUGUCUCUAGCACUGGUCCAUUAGCUGGUUGUUUCUCAGGUUGUGAAUUACCAGGGUACACCAUCCACCAAGACUCUUCUUACUCGGCGUGCAAGGAACAAGUACCACCAUUGAACUUCCCUUCCAACAGCUAUACAUCUGAAAAUGUACCAAGUGGAGAAUCAAAGGCAAUACCAGUGUCCCUGGCCAAUUUAUCUAUGGAUGACAGUUGCAGCCUGCACACUGCAAAUUCCAAGGUCGGCCAGGUAACAAAUCCCGAGGGAGUAAAGGUUAUAAAGAAAAGAGCUAGACCAGGUGAGAGCACGCGGCCAAGACCGAAGGACCGGCAGCAGAUACAAGAUCGCGUCAAGGAAUUGCGUGAGAUAGUCCCAAACAGUGCAAAGUGUAGCAUUGAUGCUUUGUUGGACCGGACAAUCAAGCAUAUGAUCUUUCUGCAAGGUGUAACUAAGUAUGCAGAGAAAAUUAAGCAAGCCGAUGAACCCAAGAUGAUAAGCAAAGAUAGUGGUGCCGUCUUGAAGGAUAACUCAAGUGGUGUUGUCUUGAAAGAUAACUCUAGUGCUGCAAGUAAUGGUGGCGCCACGUGGGCCUAUGAAGUUGCAGGACAGACCAUGGUGUGCCCAAUAAUUGUCGAGGAUCUUUCACCGCCCGGUCAGAUGCUUGUGGAGAUGCUAUGUGAGGAACGUGGCUUUUUCCUAGAGAUAGCAGACACCAUACGCGGGUUUGGACUGACAAUCUUGAAGGGGCUGAUGGAGCUCCGUGAAGGCAAGAUAAUGGCACGAUUCCUCGUCGAGGCAAACAAGAACGUGACUAGGAUGGACAUAUUUUUGUCACUUGUUCAGCUGCUACAACAAAAUAGCCACAGCAGAUCUUCUGACCAGCUAGCUAAGGUCAUUAGCAGUGGGGUUCGAUCUUUCGCGGAGCAUCAGCAAUCUCCAAUGUUGAUUCCAGUUGGACUUGCUGAGAGAUGACAGUGAACACAAAUAUUUGGAGAAGAUCAUACUGGGGAGUACCAACUGCAGACAUUCAGAGUGUUGACCGGCGCUUGAUGUUGAUUGCCAGGCGUUAAUAGGACUACUAGUGUAAGAUGUAGCGGAUGUGCAUUGUGUCAUGAAGAAAAGUUUCAGUUACUAGUGCUUAUACAAGUCCUUUCUCUUUUUGAAUUGUUUGUACAAGUUCUUAUGUAACCAGUUUAGGAACGUCACUGUUUCUUGUUUGUAAUUGAAACGUUUGUGUGAAUGUACGUUAUCUGUUGUGUGUUUA